UACGACAAGUCUGUGCUGGUGUUUGAAAGGUCUCUUGGCACUCUCAACGUGGAGUACUCGCAGGCCCUCGAGAGUCUCGCGGCCUCUUACCAAGGGGUCGGCGACCUCACCAAGGCUGCCGCCUCCUAUCAGAAGCUCCUGCCGGUGAAGGCCGAGAUGUCCUUCCUCGGCGGCAGCCUCGGCGACGUCACGUCAGCUCAGAACAACUUGGCGGCGAUCUUCGUGAAGCUGGGAGACCUCAAGGCCGCAGAGGUCCUCUACCGCAAGGCCGUCAGGCAUCGCGAGCACUACUACGGUCACUCCCACCCCACCGUAGCCAGAUCCCUGGAGAUGCUGGGGAACCUGCUGGCGGAGGUGGGAGAGCUGCAAGAAGCGACGUUGCUGCUGCAACGGGCGUUGAGUAUCCGCAACGAAGUGUUUGGCAAAGACGACGUGGAGUCGGCUGCCACGGUUCUGAACCUGAGCACGGUGCAGUGCCGACGGGGGCAGUACGUGUCAGGUCGCGACCUCUUCAAGAAGUGGCUGAGGAUCAUGCUGCAAGCUCUCGGCGCGAGUCACCCAACUUGCAUC